AUGGCCAAAAAAAAGCUCGACCCCUCUGUCAAGCACAGCAGAACCAGAUCCGGCUGUCUCACCUGCAGAGACCGACAUAUGAAAUGUGACGAGCAGCAGCCGGUAUGCAAGAACUGCCAACGUUCGAAAAGAAAGUGCUACAGAGGUAUUCGAUUGAAUUUCACCCAAUAUUCGAUAUAUUCCCCAACCACCACCGCUCCAGAGUCCCAUAAUCCACCAAGCUCCUAUAGAUUGCUCGAUCAAUCUAUAACUAUUGCUUCACUCUACAAUAAUGGCAUUUCUCCCUAUGAACCCUACAUGCAUCUUCAUACUCACGAGGAACUUCGGGAGUCCGACCGCCAGUACGAACGUGAUAUUAACAGUUCGAUUCCAUCUUCCUCCACCACCAACAAAUCACCUUCUUAUGAACAUGAAAAAUCCUUGUGGUCAGCUUCCGGUGUAUCGACCCUCGAUCUAUAUCGACGCCCAAGUAUGGCCGCAAACCCGGUGAUUACGUCGCUCCAAGACCAAAAUCCAGUUUAUGAAAAUGUCAAGCUAAAAGAUUUUUUGUCUGACGAACAACUCAAUUUGACCCAGUCAAGUCAAACUCUCGUUUCUGAGGCUGCACCUCCAAAUUCGGGAGUGCCCAAGGAUGAUAUAGAUGCUUGCGAAUUGGUGUCGCUCAUCCAUGAACAAAAGUUUUAUUGGCUUUUGGAUCUUCUUAAUGGCCUCAAUGCAUGGAAACUGAUAAUCACCCGCUAUUGCCUUGACGCUCUGUCGGUGGAAAAUGACAUUUAUGAUAAUGAAUUUCUCUUGAGAUGCCUUUAUCGAUGUUCCAUCAGAGACGAGGUGUCGGAUAUCUCAGAGUUACUCAAUGAACAAUCUAGUCGGUGGUCUCGAAUUCAGUUCGAAGUGUUUUCCACAGAUAAUUUGACCCAGCACGAGUUGAUACUCAUAAGCAUUGCAUUAGUCCUCCUCCGUGCAUUACUACGAAUUCAGAAUCGUUUACAUGUCGAAAACAUAAGUGGACUUAUUGAUGGACAAAUUAACAUUUUCUAUCACAUAAUAACAAAAUACCAAACAUUACCCCAAAUACAAAGCCAAAGACUUCGAACCGUUGUGUUCGUCACCACGGUGCAAUCGAUCACCAUGCUCAAAUACUUUCUCCACAAGUUGGUCGAAGACAAUCAUUUAAAAUCAAAAUCCGAAACUGGCAAUGAAAAGCAGGGUUCAGACCUCACUACUGGUGAACUCUUGUUCUUGAAGUCUUUUUACAAAGAUUUGGACUAUUCAAAUUCCACUUUCCAAAUGGAUAUCGACCCAUUCGUGGAAAGCAAACUGGAUGCUCGUAAACUUCGAGAACUAAUUUGGUACUUGAUAAGAACUGAGCAUCUAGCUCAAAAUCCCGAAGAAGAAACCGAGGAUUUGGAAUAUGGUCAAGUAUUCAGUAAUGAGUAUAACUUGUUCGAUUCACUCGGGGUCCCCGAAGUUUCGGAUUAUGGUGUGGAACAAGCUAUUACUGCUGACAUCAUCCCGAAAUUGGUGCUUCCCAACGAACAAGGGCUCGCGAUAUACCUCGUCAAAGAGUACAUUAAUAAGCGAAUCAACGCCAACACCCCGGAAAUGGUUCUCAAGGCCAAUACGAACUUGAAUCGCAUCUUUAGUUAUAUUGAAAGCUCGACCAUGGAGUCUAGUCUCAAGCUAAAGUGGACGCAAAACUUUAGUUGGAUGCUACAAUAG